AUGGUCAAGGGGGCCGCUCUGCUGCUGCCCGCGGAGGAGGCGCUGGAGGCCGAGCCCCCCCCGGCUGCACCCCCAGGCCAGGCGCCGGGGCGGCAGGAGCAGCACCUGCGGCUCAUGAUGCAGCUUCUCCGGCCCCAGGACGCCAUCCGGCCGGCGGCACCGGAGCUGUCGGAGCAGGCGGUGCGGGCGCUGCUGCGGGACGUGAUGGCCACCGCCGACCUGGAGAGCGUCACCUCCAAGGAGGUGCGGGAGGAGCUGGAGCGGCGCACGGGGCACAGCCUGGCCCAGCACAAGGACUUCAUCGACAACGAGAUGCUGCUGGUGCUGGCGCAGAUGGACCGGCCCUCCCGCGUCUUCCCGCACCUCUACCUGGGCUCCGAGUGGAACGCGGCCAACCUGGAGGAGCUGCAGCAGAACCGGGUCACCCACAUCCUGAACGUGGCGCGGGAGAUCGACAACUUCUUCCCAGCGCUGUUCACCUACAUGAACGUGCGGGUGUACGAUGAGGAGACGGCCCAGCUCCUGCCCCACUGGAACGACACCUUCCUCUUCCUCUCCCGCGUCCGGGCCGACGGGGGCCGGGCGCUGGUGCACUGCCGCAUGGGGCUGAGCCGCUCGGCGGCCACGGUGCUGGCCUACGCCAUGAAGGAGUUCGGGUGGACACUGGAGCGGGCGCUGCGGCACGUCCGGCACUGCCGCCCCGGCGUCCUGCCCAACCCCGGCUUCAUGCGCCAGCUCGACUUCUACCAGGGCAUCCUGCACGCCAGCCGGCACAGCAGCCUGUGGGAACCCAAGGCGGCGGCGGAGCGGGCGGCCCAGCCCGAGGAGGGCCCAGAAGCCCCCCCGGGGGGCGAGGGUGGCCUCUCGCCGGUCUCCUCCCCACCACCCCUGCAGGAGACGAGCAGCCCGGGGUUGCUGGGAACCUCCCGGCGCCCCCGUAUCUCCCUCUGCGCCGUCAUGCGGAGCAUCAGCCUGCUGGACUCCCCCGAGCCCCCCGAGCUGCCGGGGGAGCCCCUCGCCGGGGAGGUGUUUGCGGCCGCGGAGGCACCGGGGGGGCCCCCCCCGGGGCCCGCCCUGCCGCGGCGCACCGCCGGACACGGGGAACCGGCAGCUCGGGGAGGACGAAAUUUAGGCGCCAUCUUGUGCGGCGCCGUGGGGCUGGGAACUACAGCCCCCGGCAUCCCUUGCGCGGCGGUGGGCUUUGCGCAUGCGUGCAGGGCCCUCCUUCCUGGUUGCUAUGGGAACGGGGCGCAGGCCGGCCUCAGCCCCAGCGGCCUAGGCCUCGCCCCGGGACGGGGCCGGGGCAGGCCCGAGGACCGGCAGCGAAGGAAUGAAGCCGGGCAGGGAGCCGGCAGCCCGCUGUAG